UCCUGGAUUAAUGUUUCAUUUACAGGACCAUACUGUCCAUAUUCCUUUCAUCCACUGGGGAUUCCCUUUCUCCCCUGUAUGUUAAAUCCAGCUUUUUCAAAACGAACAUUUAAAUAAACAAUCCCUCUGGUUUGCCGUAGACUUUAGCCGCAGUGCUAAUGUCAACAACUAAGGCAAAAUAAGACAAUUGAAAACAAUUGAAAUCAUCAACUUGCAGAUUCAAGCAUUCGAAGCAACAGCUGGUAAACAGGAGUAAGUGAAAACUCUGCAGUGUUUGGAUGAAGUGACCAUGAAGCAGGACGGUGAUGCUGUGAACAUCCCUGUGUGCUUCAUAUCAAACCAUGAAGGUUUUCUCGGAAGCAUCAAAAACUUAAUCAAAGACUUUGUGGUGACUGAGAUAGACGUCACUGGACAGCGCGUUAACUCGGCAGCGGCCACACAGACGCCAAACUGUGCCUCCCCCGAUAAAAACGAUGAAACCAGUGACGAAUGCAAGUGGAAAAGUUAUUCCCCAGUCUCACAGGAGACUGAUGUGUCAGCCGAUUGUGGGCUAGAUGUCACCAUACCUAGUCCAGGCAGUUUUGAUUUAAGCGUGAUUUUAGGCCAGUCGGUCAGCGAAGAGCUGGAGCAGUUUGUGUUGACUCUCAAAGAAAAGCCAAACAAGCAGGAGCUUUCUCUCGGAUCCUUCGCUGACAAACACCACAGAGCUAACGUCCACCGGGCCGUCAGACACCGCUUCCCCUUCCUCAUGACAGUCACCAUUCAGCCUGAGAUCAGGGUGAGGGAAGACCCAGACUACAGAGAGCUCUCCCAUCUGGUCACGGAGGACGAAGCAGAGGACUUCUUCAGGUUCAUAGACGCCAAAGUGCGAGGUUCAUCCUAUACGUUCGGGCCGGAUGACGAUAAGGAUCACAGGACCACGGUCCACCACUUUCUCAGCCGAAGGUUCGGCAAACUGGUGGAGACUAAGAGCUUCACCGACCAGGGGACGACGGCAAUCUCGGUGAGGCUGAGAGAGCAAGGGAGGCCGAAGAAAAGAACAGCAGAGGAACGUAAAGAAGAGGAAGUUUACACUGCUUUCACUCUGCGGAAGGAAAACCUGGAGACUCUAGAGGCCAUCAGCUACAUGGCAGCCGCUCUCGGGGUCCUGCCCUCAGACUUCACCUACGCUGGGAUCAAGGAUAAGAGAGCCAUCACCUACCAGUCCAUGGUGGUCAAGAAGGUCUCAACUCAAAGGUUGAAAGAGAAGACGGCCGAGUUCGAGAAGAGAGGGAUGCGCCUCUUCCAGAUCCGCUCCGUCGGCGAGCCCCUCAGGCUAGGGCGACUGCAGGGGAACCACUUUGACCUGGUGGUCCGCGACCUGAGGCCACACGGGGCCAGUGACGCACACUCCUCUGGUGCAGACACGCACACUCGCCUGGCAGCGCUGGUACAUGAAGCACUGGAGAACGUCAAGGCCAGAGGUUUUGUCAACUACUACGGACCGCAGAGGUUUGGGAGCGUGAAGACCGUUCAGUCUGACCGCGUGGGCCUGGCUCUACUCAAAGAGGACAUGGUGAGUGCUGUGCGUCUCUUCUUCACUCCAGAAGACGGCAAUGAUCCUCAAAACCACGCAAAGAGACACUUCCUACAUACCGAUAACGCCAAGGAGUCUCUGGCGCUGAUGCCGUUGUCGAAAGCCAGGGAGCGGCUGAUGCUUCGGGCCCUGAACCGCUACGGCUCAGGUCCGGAUGGUUGUACCCAAGCCUGGCUCAGCCUGCCCCACAGCAUGAGAGUCUUCUACCCCCACGCCUACUGCAGCAGAGUGUGGAACGAGGCGGUGGCACACAGGCUGACCACUCUGGGCCACAAGGCCAGGCGAGGAGACCUGGUGUGGAGGCAGGAUGACACUGGAGAAUCCAGCUCGCCUCAGAUCCAUGUGGUGACGGACCGAGAGGAAGACGAGGGAGUGUACACCCUGGCACACGUGUUACUGCCGAUGCCGGGAAACACUGCGAAGUAUCCCGAAAACGCCAUGGGGACCUGGUUCCAGGAGAGACUGGCCCGAGACGGACUGGACGGCUGUCGCUUCAGAGUCAGCGGCCUCAAACUGAAUCUGCCUGGCUGCUACCGCCCCCUGCUGGCCUCGCCAAGCAAUCUCAGCUACCAGCUGCAGAGAGCAGCCUGUGGGGAGGGAGGAGGAGAGGCGAUAGGGAACAGCAGUAGGAAUAGUGACAGGCAGCUGAAUGGCAGUACAGCAGAAGGGAAGCAGGACUCGCUCACUCUCACCUUGAACUUCGACCUGGACUCCUCCUGCUAUGCUACUAUCUGCCUCCGAGAGAUCAUGAAGUGUGACCCCUAGAGGUCACGGGACAUUGCUCCUGUUGUGUUUCUAUAUAUGUUGCAGGAAAGAAUGUUUUUUUGUUCUUGUUUUUAGUUUUGUAACCCAUCAUUGUGAUACAUUAUCAGUAGCCUUUUGAUUAGUUGUUGAUGUAUUGAGCAUACGACUGUUUAUAAAUUGGAAAAAUGCAUAAUGUGCAAUUGAUAAAAGAAGUGAACAAAUCUAAAUGUUAAACCAUGUAAACAGUGUUAAUGUUUUGUGCCAUGAAUAAAACUUUUAGAAAUAAUGA